ACUAACACUUGAUAUGAUUAUUAGAAAUUGAUUAACACUUGAUAUGAUUAUUAUAAUUAUUUGUUGUUUUGAUAUGUGUAGUUAACUUUAAAAGUUGUCAUUGUUAUUGUUUAUUGUUGUAUAUUUUGUUAAGUUAUGUUUAUUUUGUAUCGGUUGUAAUUUACUUGUUCCUGUUCAAGUAAUUGUUAUUUCGAAUCAUGAAUACGUUCACAUGUAUCGCUUUUGGAAUAAUUGUUUUUAUUGUUGUUGUCAAAAUAUUGAAUGUGGUAACUAAAGGACGAUGUACAAGUAAAGCGAAACUAAAUGGAAAAACUGUUCUUAUUACCGGUGCCAGUGGAGGAAUUGGGAAAGAAACUGCAAUCGAUAUGGCGGCUAGAGGAGCAAGAGUCAUUCUUGGAUGUAGAAACUUAAAAUUCGCUGAAGAUACGAAACAAGAAAUUAUUUCAAAAACUGGAAAUACAAAUAUUGUUAUCUAUCAAAUAGAUUUUGAAUCAUUAACGUCUGUACGAAAAUUUUCAAAACUAAUUCAUGAAAAUGAAAGUCGAUUGGAUGUUUUAAUAAAUAAUGCUGGAGCUAUGGGUUUGGGAAACAAAAUUACUGAAGAUGGUUUACAUAUUAUGAUGCAAGUGAAUCAUUUUGGACCAUUUCUAUUAACAAAUUUACUUUUGGAUUUGUUAAAGAAAUCAGCGCCCAGUAGAAUUGUGACGGUUUCUUCAUUGGGAUAUAUAUUGACAUUAUUGGAUCCAGAUAAUUUAAAUAAACCUAGAAGAUUUGAUGAACUAAAUUAUUUUAAUUCCAAAUUAUGUAACAUCUUAAUGAGCAACGAAUUAGCAAGAAAAUUAGAGGGAACAAAUGUGACUUCAAAUUGUUUACAUCCUGGUAAUGUUCACACGGAAAUAAUGCAACAUUUACCGUGGUACAAGAGGCUUUCACUUUCGUUUAGUUACUGGUUUUUCUUUAAGAAUGCUAAAGAAGGUGCUGAAACCACAAUUCAUUGUGCAGUAUGUGAAAAAGUAGAUGGAAUUUCUGGAAAAUAUUUUCAAGAUUGUAAAGAUUAUUGGACAUUACCUAUCGCCUCUAAUAAAGAACUAAGUGAGAAAGUUUGGAAUAAAAGUAUGGAAUUAGUAAAAUUACAAAAAAAUGAAAUUCAUUAUUAAGAAUGUAAAUUUCAAUAAAAUAGGGCAAAAAAAACUAAUUAAUUUAUAAAGUACAGUUAAGGUUAUUCCUUAAAUUUUCAUAUAACUUAUUAUAACAGAGAAUCACUGUGGUAAACAUAGCAACCACAUAUAUGCUCACCUACGCUAAA